CCGACCUGCGAAUGGCAGCAAUAAGCAACACGAAGAAGAAUCUCACACAAACUGUCUUCAAAAGUUGUCAUUCCUGUGCGUUAGAAAAUAGUACGGAUUGUCAGUUGCUAGCCUAUUCUACGUGUAGUACAUUAUCCAUAUAGUAUAUUAUUUAUGGUAAAUUCUAUGCUAGUCUGUUACCCAGUUGUUAUUUAAUUUUCCCAUGGUUGAUUUGAUAGCAGCUAGCUACAGGAACUAGGUAUAGUCUGUGUAGCUAGCCUAACGUUAGCUAACGUAACUGUUGUUCAGUUACACCUGCUCAGAAGAAUAUGCAGCUAUGUUGUUAAUGAUGUUUAUUGCUCUGUUGGGUUUAUUUAGGGUGUCUGUUUUUAAAGCCGCGAGUUCUCUGUAGUUGGUUAGCUAGCUAUUCCAUUGGCUAACGUUAGACAUUUUAACAUGAAGACGUCAACAAGUGCGGUCGUGAUGCACAUCUUCACUGUUGCUGUAUGCAGCCUAUUGCUGGUUGCUCAAGGGCAGAUGGACGACGACGAAUGGCUUGAUCCGCAUGAUAUGUUGAACUACGAUGCAAGCUCAAAGACCAUGAGAAAGCCUGCUCAGCCUGCUGAGUUGAACAAUUACCCUAAUGUACCCACCAAAAGAAGGGAAUACAGCCAGGAUUUGGAUAAAAUGGAAGUAAGGGAGUGCAACAACAAAGUGGAAGGGUUACAAAGAGAGAUUGAAGAGUACAAGAAGAAGAUUACACAGGUUGCACAGCAGCCGUCAAGCAACCCAGUGUUCAAGAGAUUCCUCACCAAGCUUCUGAAGGAGAUUGAAAAAGUUGGCCUGCCCACCGAUGUCAAGAACGAUAUCCACUACGACGCCAAAGUGAAACUGUCUCGGCAAGCGGUGACGGAGAUCCGGAAGCUUCUGGAGGGAAUGGACACCUGGAGAACGGGAGCUCUGGACAAUGCCCUCAGUCAGAUCCUGGUGGAUCUCAAACCACAUGACUACGAGGCCUGGAUUUGGCACUUUGAGGACACCUUUGGUGUGGAGAUCGACACAGUCAUGAAGGUGUCUGUGUGGGUCUUAAUCAUAGUGGGCAUCAUCUGCAGUGAGCUGUGGUCUACAGUCUCCUGGUUUGUCCAGUUCAAGAGACUCUUUGCCAUCUGUUUCUUCAUCAGUCUGGUCUGGAAUUGGUUCUAUCUCUACAAGAUUGCGUUUGCCGAGCACCAAAACAAAAUGGUGAAGAUGGAGGGCGUCGACGCAAAAUGCACUGGGAGGAAGAAAAUUGACUGGUGGGAUAACUUGAAGGAUUGGUACAGAGGUGCCAUGACUCUCCAAGACGAUCCCUGUAAGAUGUACUACGAAGUCCUCAUGGUCAACCCCAUCCUUCUCGUACCACCAACUAAGGCUAUCACUAUGACCAUCACCACCUUCUUCACGGAGCCUCUGAAGCACAUUGGUCAGGGGAUCAGCGAGUUCCUACGAGCCCUCCUCAAGGACCUACCGGUCACCUUGCAGAUCCCUGUGCUAGUCACCAUCGUGCUCGCCAUCCUGGUCUUCAUGUAUGGCAGCGCUCAGGCCGCUAUCCAGCAUGGCAUCACCAGACCGCUGCGUGUCGGUGGGCCCAGGGAUCCCUCUCCCCCAGCCUUGGAUCAGCCCAUGCCUGAGGACCGUCUGAGAGGGACAGACCGCAACCCACAGGCAGGGGGGGACGCCCCUCAAUACUCCCCUCUCCCGCUUAAACGCCGACUAGGACCAGCAGCCAACCAGGGGGCUCAGGACAGGACCUAUGUCGGCCAGAGGAGCCCCCCCCCCAGGGCGCAAAAGGAACCGACCAGGAGGUACGUGGAGACCCUGAGGAACACCGACUGGCGGUACAGCGAGGACAAGAUUAUCUCAGAGUGUUGGGACGAUUUCACUGAUGCAGUGGAUACCAACCCCCUAACGGUAGAGGGUAAUACCAACAUUCAGGCAGAUAUGCAAGAAGAACCAGUUGAAGUUGGAUCCACAACAGAAGGCAAUGACUCGCAAGAAGCUAAACCCUCUCCAGUGAAAGCUAAAGCCAAACCAGAUGAGGAUGUGGCAUCUGACUCUAAAGGGGCAGCUGAUAGCAUGGCUGAGCACCAGGCUGAGUAUACUGGAGGUCGUGCCAGCCCAGUGCAUGCCACUCCAGAAAGUGGUCUCGGGCACGAGCAAUAUGACAAAUUCUUGAAACACGAACCAGAGAGUAAUUUUACGCUUCAGACCCACCCUGCUAACGCAGCCAGUGUAGCAGGUUUCAUUGACAACAUUGAGAGCGUGUCAGUCGCUGCUCAGCUUAAGUAGCACAUCCAGUGUAGCAGGUCUGUUAGGCCAAUACAUAGGCUUCAUUCUAAGCGGUAUGCUAAUGGAUAUUGGAAACUGUUUCUGGGUACAGUCAGUAAGCCCCCUGUCCUUGUAUGUUAAAAUGCUUACCACAGCAUUUUACAUGGGAUGAUUCAGAUUCUACAUAAAUUGGUAAAUAGUACCUUCUCUUAAAUCAGCUAAUUCAGUGUUUUUAAAUUUGUUAUUCCUAUUUUCUUUUUGCUGUCAUGUUUUUCUUGCUUUUGUUUGUGUGCCUGGUCAAUGUGCAUGUACUGUCAACACAUGAAUAUGAAUGACGUAUGUAUGUUGUGCAAUAAUCCUGUCACUAUUUUGUGGCAACUCGCCAUCUCUUCUGAAAUGAUGUGAUUUAUGUUGUGUGUUUAGGGCUCGACAUUAACAUUUUAUAGAUUUGAGUUCACAUCACCAUAUCAAACAGUUUCCCUGAUCAGAAUAGAAUCAGUGGUGUCUGGAUGCAAUGUAUUGCUGUUCUCCCAAUAUCUGAACAAGAUUUCACUGAUAGGCAGAGCCGUCUUUCAAUCAUCCCUGGUUGUGAGAUCCGUGUGUAGCCACACGUGCACAUUUGUUGAUAUUCCUUGCUAAUUAGUGAGUUAUUUGCACAGUUAUAGCAAACAGGCUUCAUAUGGUAAUGAAAAUCAUGUAAAAGUCAUGGUUGGUGCAUCGGCUGCAUCUAUGCGAGUGGGCCGGGAGAGGGAGACAUUGCAGCAUGUAGGCCUAGCCUCUAAAAUAAAGACGAGACAGCCAAUUCAACACAUAUCUUGUAGCCUGGCUAGUUAACUACGGUGCAUUUGGAAAGUAUUCAAAUCCCUUUCCUUUUUCCCCACAUUGUUACAUUACAGCCUGUAAUGAAUUCAUUGUUUUCCUCAAGCUACACCAAUACCCCAUAGUGACAAAGCUGAAAUAACUUAUGUAAACAAGUUAGAUGCUUUGCUAUGAUACUCAACAUUAAGCUCAGGUGCAUCCUUGAGAUGUCCACCUGUUGUAAAUUCAAUUGAUUGGACAUGAUUUUGAAAGGCACACCUGUCUAUAUAAGGUCCCACAGUUGAUAGUGCAUGCGAAAACCAAGCCAUGAGGUUGAAGGAAUUGUUCGUAAAGCCCUGAGACAGGAUUGUGCCGAGGCACAGAUCUGGGGAAAGGUACCAAAAAAUGUCUGCAGCAUCGAAGGUCCCCCAGAACACAGUGGCCAUCAUUCUUAAAUGGAAGAAGUUUGGAACUACCAACACUCUUCCUAGAGCUGGCAAACUGAACCAUCGGGGGAGAAGGGCCUUGGUCAGGGACAUGACCAAGAACUCAAUGGUCACUCUGACAGAGCGCUAGAGUUUCUCUGUGGAGAUGGGAGAACCUUCCAGAAGGACAGCCAUCUCUGCAGCACUCUACCAAUCAGGCCUUUAUGGUAGAGUGGCCAGACGGAAGCUCCUAAUCCCAAAAUGGGAGAACUAAACAAUAUUUCUACUUUUGAGAAUGUGGGAAUGGUCCGUGGACAGUCAUGUUGAGUGCGUUUCAUUUGGUACGUGCGCAUAGACAUUACGUCGUCGUCAUGGAACCGCCCUUUUCUACUCCAGAGUAUAAAACCACCUGUGAUGAAAUGUACGUUUCAUGCCAAAGAGACCCACCUUAAGCUGGACGUCUCGAAUGGUUAAGAAGUUAGAGAACACCGGGACAGAGUCCCAACGUUGGAAUGGCUACAAUUCUAUAGGCCACGGAAACCAUACAGCUGUAGUUUGGCUACACGGCUGGAAAUGGUUAAACUCAGUCUAUCGAUCACAACAGAAUAAGAGCAAAUCUUAGAAGUAUAAUUACUAGUCUGCAGCUAGUAAUUACGUAAAUCUAGAACGAGAAUACCGACAACCGCCAAAACAUCAACCCUAUAAGAACAUUUCCGAAUGGUACUCUGAAGUAACCAUUCUAACCACCUACAACCACGAAAGGCGUGACUUUUGGGAAAGUGAACCAGACACUUUGAACUCUAUAGGACGAUCGAGUAUUCCAACAGAGAAGACAACGUCAUACGGGCAUAAAUAUAUAUACAUAGAAAUUAUUCUUGAAUGAGUGGCCUUAAAUGUGCAAAAGAUUAGCAUUUCUAUAAUUAUCCACUGUGUGUAGUGAAUCCAUUUUGUCUUUCCCACUCUCGCAGUCUACACCCCUUUCCUUUGUCUACCAAGCCGUCAUAUCUGCUUGCCCCACUAAGGACUUUUCUAUCACUGUUAGUAACCAAUAUCUACUGUUUUAUCUUAUUCUGUGUGAUUAUUUGGUAAAUAAAUAAUUUAGACAAUUUG